AUGAAAUCGUCAACACUUGUUUCCGGCGCCUUCGUGGUCGCAGCCCAGGUGUACACGGCGCUUGCCGGAACCGCCGUGAGAGGAUCUCACGAUAUUACUCAUGUCAUUCGAGGCAACCUCCAGUUGCCAUCACAACCGCCCGUGCCAAAUGCCGUUCGAUCACAGGGCUGCUGGAGCUCCAAGGGUAAUAUGACGCAAGCCACCGCCGUCGUGAGCACGAAAGUUUCAUCCGGAUCAUGCACCGGUUAUUGCUCAACAAAUAAAUUCCCUGUUGCCGCCCUGCAAGGCGAUGAAUGUUUCUGCGGAUUCGCCUAUCCUCCCGAUGGCGAUCAGGUCGAAGAUACCAAAUGCGCUUUCCCUUGCCCAGCCUAUCCCCAGGAGGCUUGUGGUCAAAUUGGACAUCCAGGAUUUUUCUCCGUUUUCAACACCGGUGUCAACAUCAACCCUCCUUACUAUGAGCCCCCCUCGUCAUCAACAUCCUCUUCUUCAUCAUCUUCUACUUCCACGACAUCGUCUGGCUCUGAGAAGUCCUCGUCCGCAGCAUCUCCUUCGGGCCCUGCCAGCCAGUCUGCGGAAGCCACCCCUACAGAUGCACCGACCGACAACAAGAAGAAGACCAACGUUGCCGGUAUCGCUGCAGGCACUGUCGUCGGUGUUGUCGUCUUAGGUGGUCUUCUCGGAGCUGCCUUCUUCACUAUGAGGCGGAGACGGAAUGCCGAAAUCGAAGAGGAGCAUCGCCGGAAUGCCGCCGUCAAUGCCUUCAUCAACGGCUCCAAGCCGCCAUCCACCAGCGGUAGCAUUUCCAUGACCGACUCCCGUCUCGACCCCAUCAUGGCCCACCGCAGGCUUAGUGACGGCAGUAUUGCGGAUAAUGAGGAUUACUCUCGCCGCAUCUUGAGGGUCACCAACGCAUGA